UUUACGUUCCGGCUUGGUGACUUGCAUCAAUCGUCAUUGCUGUAGUGGUAGUGGCACAAUACACGCAUCGAGCUCGACACUGCUCGACACUAAAAUUGAUAAAACAAGUGCAUCCUUCAUUUUGUUUAAUCGAUAAUUGUACACACACCAGAGACCAUGGUUCUGAAAUAGCUCGGCAAUCGUACACAACGUUGCAGCCAACACGGCCAACACCCGCGCGGAACGCAUCGUCACUUUUAUCAGAUCACCCGUACGCGUUGCGUUUGUUUCUUGCCAGGCGACCGACUUACGAACGUCGACACGUACAAAAACACGAACGAAAUGAGAGACAACGAGCAGAUCUCGCCGAAAGUGCGCCGUAGUCGCAGCCGCAGCAGAAGCAGCUCAAAGAGCAGCAAGGCUAGCAAAAAGAGCGCGGACAGAUCCAGCUACUCGAAGAGCCUGUCCAGAUCGAGAUCGCGCAGCUCCAGCCAGGAGAUUGACGGUUUCAGGCUGCACAUUGCUGACGUGGGUGAGAAUGUGCGCAAAUCGGACUUGGAGAAGCUUUUCUCUGCUCAUGGACAGUUGAAGGAGAUCUGGAUGACAAACAGCACACCCUGCUUUGGGUUUGCUGUUUUUAAAGAUAAAAAGGACGCUGCCAAUGCUCUACAGGCUUGUGAUGGAGUGGAUGUAGCUGGAUCUCGAAUUCGUGUGUCAUAUGCAAAGCCGAGAACCCGCGGCUCUGGUCGCCGAUUCUUCAAUCCGAAUAUGCGCUGCUACCAAUGCGGCUAUUCGGGUCACUUUUACAGAGAUUGCCCCGACUUGAACGGCGGGGGAGGCGGUGGAGGUGGCGGAGACAAGCGCAGCUCAUCACGUUACGACUCGCACUCGGAUCGCUAUAGUAGCAGGCGCAGGGAAAGAAGCGAACGAGACAAUCACUACGACAGGGACUACGGCCGAAGACGUACCUCACACCAUCGCUCGUCACGUCGGUACGACGACUAUAGCAGCAGCCGCAGCAGUCGUCGCCAUCGCUAUUAACAGCGAUGCAACUAAGUAAAAUGAAACAUUGUGCAUUUUGAAUCACUGCAACCUAAUGAUACAAAACAUAAUUGAUACAUAUAUACACGUUUUUGCAAACUGUUGGUAUUACGAACACACACGAGUUGAAACGUUUUAUUGUCUUGACAAAAAUUCAUGAUGGUGGUUCUUUAGCAUGUUUGUGUAAUCAAGUACGAAUAUCGAUUUGAUGAAUAUUUAGUGUUGAUUUUCGUAAGAUUUUGACCAAAUUUAUUAUUUGUUUUUAUGUUUUCAUUUUCCAAAGUAUAAAUAGUUCAAUAUAAAUAUGAUUAGUACAAAAUCUCAUCCCUGUGUACCUCUCAGCGUAUGCAAAUGCUCCCCGAUGUUAAUUUUUGAAGUAUUGAUUAAAGUUGAUUGAUAACCACUGA